ACACGUUAUUUUCGACAUGUUUAUUACGCUGCUAACUUUUAUCGUUCUAGUCUUUGUCAUUAUUCGUGUUUUUCAUCAGAGAAAAUACGAUUAUUGGUCGAAGAGAAACGUGAAACAUGAUGUUCCUUUACCAUUUUUCGGAAACCAUUUUUCAACAUUAUCACUUCUCAAAAACGAGACGAAAACAUAUCAGGAUUUAUACAAUCGAUAUUCAACAGAAAAGUUAAUUGGCUAUUAUAGCGGUAAUAGACCUAUUUUAAUAGUAAGCGAUCCAGACCUAAUCCAAUAUGUACUAACGACUGAUUUCAAUUCCUUCUACGCGCGUGGUGAAGAAAAUCCUCAUAAAGAACCAAUGAUGCUAAAUUUAUUUAGUGUUAAUGGAGACUAUUGGCGUCUACUUCGCUAUAAACUUUCUGCAGCUUUCUCUAAAAGAAAAGUAAGAAAUUCAUUUCCAUUAAUCUUAGAUUCUAAUGAAAAAUUCAAAAAGUUACUACACGAUAUUUCAUUAGAAGGCGGACAAGUAGCUGCUCUCAAUACAAUAAAACGAUACAUAAUGCAUGUGAUUUGCAGAUGUGGCUUUGGUAUUGAGACAGAUGCACUUACUGACAAGAAUUCUCGGUUUUUAGAAUUUGGUAAAACUGUUCUAUCUCGACCAUUAUCGUAUAUAUUCAGAACCCAUUUAGCAGAUGUCUUUCCUGCUCUAAAACCAUUUUUUGGUAAGCCGUACAUUGUACCAGAGAUUGUGAAGAAAACAAUAUCUGAGGUAACAGAAACCGUGCGGAAGCAGAGAAACUACAAGCCCAACGGAUGCAGUGAUUUCAUGGAUGUUCUUCUAGACAUUGAGAACAGUGGAAAACUAGAGGGAGAAUCGUAUGAAAAGAAAAAUGUGGAUGGUACUCCUGCAAAAACAAUACUUCAUGUAGAUUUUAAAUGCAUAGCAGCACAGGUGUAUAUGUUCUUCGCAGCUGGUUUUGACACGACAUCAGUCGCGGGAGCUGCCACACUAUAUCACUUGGCCCAGCACCAGGAAAUCCAAGACAUGAUAAGGAAAGAAAUAGACAGCGCCUUUUUGAAGACUGAAAACAAUCUUUCUUAUGAUCAAAUAAAAGGUAUACAAUAUCUAGAGUGGGCUAUCAAGGAAUCUUUGAGGCUGUUUACCCUAGGUGGAAUUAUAGUAAGAAGAAGUAUGAAGGAAUAUACGUUUCCGGGUACUGAUGUUACGAUUGACCCUGAUGUUAUGAUUAUAAUUCCUGCUCAGGCAAUUCAUAUGGAUGCGACAUACUACGAAAAUCCUGAUGAAUUUCGGCCGGAGAGAUUUUCACCUGAAGCAGUUGAAAGUAGACAUAAAUGUUCAUAUUUGGCAUUUGGUGAAGGACCAAGAAGAUGUAUUGGUGAAAGGCAAGGAAUGAUACAGUUAAUGACUGGUCUGGUGACAAUAAUCAGAAACUUUCAUAUAGCACCAGUUCUUCCGCUGAAAACUCUUCAUGCUAAGCGUGGUGAAUUCAUGGGGCAACGACUAGGCUCCGAUCUUUCCAUUAAAAUAAUACCAAGGAACAUAACAUAGCUAGCUGCUUUAAUUAAAUAGCUUUUAUUGUUAAUUUCAAUAAACUGUAAAGCAGUGGAAA